AGAUUAUAGAACCAAUUAGACGAAAAAUUUAUUGAAAUUUUAAAUUUUUAAAUUUUAAAUUUCAAAAAAAAUUUUUCAUAAAUUGAACAACUAAGACAGAUGCACCAGAGGAUUAUACUUUCCGCUUUCGAAUCACAAUGAGCAGCAAAAAAACGAAAGGUAACCAGAAGGUGGCUGACAGAAGCUGCGAUGGCACUCUGGCUCCCGGCGUAAUCGUGUGGCACUCAACGCACGAAAUGCCCCCGGACACGCCCGUCAUACCCAGUCCCUACGAGAUGAUGCGCCAGCGGAACUGCAAGGCCGCCAAGUUCACCCGAGGGGAGAAGUACCUAAAUAUCCGUCCUCCCGAGUCCAAAUGCAAUCACGAACAGUCGGUAGCUUUUGUGGAGGAGGUCGUGGAGGAGGGCCGGUACUGCAUGGGGAACGCGGUGGUGGACGAUGCCCUGGCGAUGUGGGACCAGGCCGAGAACAAGAGAGCUCUCAAGUACUAUGGUGUAGGUGAUCCUCUGUAUCUCCCCGAGGCUGUGUCCUUCAAUAGGGUACUUUCGAAGAGUAUAAAGCAUGCCAGCAUGAAGGUGAAGCGAAAGGGACCGCCACCUCCUCCGGCUCCGCCGCAUCCUCCCCAACCAGUUCCCGUUUGCCAGCCCUACAUUCUCAACCGCGAGGCCUUAAAAGCUGAGCUCCAGAAGAUGCCCACCGUCCAGCGGAAGCUACAGCCCGCGGCGGCCUUUGAAAUGUUGUACUGCAACAAGGCAGUGGAUCCACAGGAUCCCUUCGGGGUCAACGAAGAUAUAAAGAUGAUCAGUCUGGAGGAGGCUCUCGAUAUGAAGCGUCCAGUGCGGCCUCCGAAGCAUGGUCUGAGGCGAAAUCAUUGGUACUGCCCCCCCCUCUGUGGUGGCCCCGAGAACUCCUGCACCGCCUACGAGUGGGCCAAGUAUAAGCUGGACCCCAGGCCCUACGACGAAGAGUUCCAGAAAUGGUACGCCGCCCAGGUGUUCCCGAACGAGGAGGAGCCCCACAACUACGACCAGCUCUACGAAAGAUUUCUGAAAUGUUUCGACAUGAAACCGUUUCCCGAUCCCGAGUGCGUGGCCAUGGCGAAGUGCUGUCCGGAAAAGGCCAAGACCGAUGAUCAGAGCACGGGCGGAGGAAACGGUGGCAAGGGGGGCGACGGUGGCGAUGGUGGCGAAGGAGGAUCAGGUGGUGAUGCCGAUGAAGGAGUUAAGCGUCCAGUAAGACCAGUAAGACCUCCUGUUAAACCAGCGGGAGAUGGAGAUGGGGACGGAGACAAGGGCGAUGGCGACGGCGACGGCAAAGACAAAGGUAAAGAUAAAGAUAAAGGUGACGAGCCAGGAGCCAAGGAUAAAACAAAGCCCGAUAAGGGUAAGGACAAGAGCGACGGUGACGAAGGUGGUGAUGGCGCUAAGGAGAAAGACAAGGACAAGGAUAAGGACAAGGGCAAGGACAAAGGCAAGGAUAAGGACAAGGGCAAGAUAAAGGACAUCGAAACGCCACAACUUCCCAAACAAGAGUCAAAUCUCUCCAUGAGAACCCCACAAGGCUCUGGCACUAAGGGUUUCAAUAGCGAUAUAUUCGGAGACAGACAACCCUAUAGGCCAGGAGACGAGAAGCCGAAGCUUCCCAAGCCCAAGCCGGGAAAAGGCAAGGGUAAGGGAAAGGGCAAAAACAAAGGGAAAGGGGAUGAGAAACCCCCGUCGGAACCGAAGGGUCCCAAGUGUCCUACCUGUCCGCCCGACGGCUGUCCCUGUUCCAUCUGCGACUGCCUGUACCCGAAAAAGGACGAGGACUCGCCCAUCAUGAAGUGUUUGAUGCGCAAGGACAAGGAACGGCAGCUGCGCGAGUACCUCAGGAUCAUGCGCCAUCGGGAGUAUAUGAGGUGCAGGGGCGAGUAUCACGUCGCCUGCCAGAACAAGGCGGAUCCCAUCGCCAUCGAUGACUGUUUUUGCAAGAAUCCCAAGAUUGCCGAGUACUGUGAUUGCCUGGGCGCCCUACAGCAGCUCCAGCAGCUCCUCGGAAAGAGACGGAAUCCCAUCGUCAACAACGAGCUGCUCUUCAAUCUCGACGACCUGCGAGCUCGGGUUGCACAGCGGAUGUGCGACUGCCUCUGAGAACGUCUGUUUUGCAUAUUGGGUUUUAUAUUUUAUAUUUAACGAGUCGAACUGUAUUUUUUUUCUGCCCCCAA